AUGAGUAAUAAUAAAUAUCACCCACCACCGGAAAAAAUUUCUUCUUUUUUUUUUAAGCUAGUCCUUUACUACUCAGUUUAUUUGCGUCUUUUAAUGCUAGCAUGUAAAAGAAAAAGACGAAAAUAUAUUAAAAAAAUUGUGACUCAACACCAAUUAAAAUCCUUAUUAGUUCAAAAAUUAAUUAUUUUGAAAUUCCUGGCAAAAUCAAAAGAAUUCAAAAAAGAUAUACAAACAAACGUGGCAAAACUAUUCAACCUUCAACAAGUGACUUUUCAAGUUUAUCUACCUCUUCACUUAAGUAUUAUUCUUUAA